AAUCUUCUUUAGUAGUAAAAAUUAUGCAAAUUUGUUUCAUUUUUUGGUUUUGCUAUAAAUUGUAACAAGACAUCAACGAAGGCAUCAUUCAAUCUUAGCAACUCUUCAAGUGAAGUACGCACUAGAAACCACAAAAACAAAUCAAAAUGAAAUUCAUCAUUGUUUUCGCUGCUCUCUUCGCCGUUGCUUUGGCUGCUCCCCGCCCAGAAGAUGCCGUCAUCUUGAAAUCCGAAUCUGAUGUUGGACCCGAAUCCUUCCAAUAUGCUUAUGCUACCAGCGAUGGUGUUGAAGCUGAAGCUCAAGGUCAAUUGAAGAACGUUGGUACUGAUGAAGAAGCUAUCGUCGUCAAGGGCUCUUUCUCCUUCGUUGGUGAUGAUGGUCAAACCUACACCGUCAACUAUGUUGCUGAUGAAAACGGUUUCCAACCCCAAGGUGCUCAUUUGCCCGUUGCCCCUGAAGCUUAAGUUGUUUUAACUGUUAUUACAUUCUACGAUAAACAAUGCAAUUUUCCCCAACAUAAUCCUCCUGUUAAAUCUCAAAAAAAA